AUGGAGUCUGUCACGGACAAGGCCUCAACCUCAAGCAAUCGAUCGCAGCAAAACAAUCAGAAUAAAUAUACUCAAGAGGAAAUUGAUGCAGCCUACGCUCUUCUUGCAUUGAGCAACUCAGCCCCAGACCCAUCAGCAGGUAACAGAGCUGCGCGUCCAAAGCUUGAAGCGGAACUUUAUGUCACAAUGGAUGAACCUCCUAUGGCUCCACAAAACACGUCUAUAGAACAUCACCUAAAGAGUGUCCAACACAGCAUGGAUAGUCAAGUAUCACCUUUAACUAAACUGAACUCAUUUGUUGCCACGACUCUACCAGUUAGAGAAGGACAUUACGUUUACAGUCACUACGUUUCUCAGCCAUGCGACAUUACCAUGUGGAGAUGCGAGACUCAUGGAUCCUGGUCUUGUCAACAGUGUUUCCAUGCAGCAAACCCGUAA